UCCGGCAGCGCGCUGGGAAGCAUGAUCUCCAGGCCGCGGCGGCGAGUGCACGUGCCGCCGCCGCCGCCGCCACCGCUGCCGCUGGACGACGACGACCUCCUCUCCGAGACCCUCCUCCGCCUCCCGCCGCACCCGACCUGCCUCCUCCGCCCCUCCCUCGUCUGUACGCGCUGGCGUAUCCUGCUCCGCGACCCGGGUUUCCUCCACCGCUCCCGCGCAUUCCACCGAACACCACCCGUGCUCGGCCUCUACCCGACCUGCCUCCUCCGCCCCUCCCUCGUCUGUACGCGCUGGCGUAUCCUGCUCCGCGACCCGGGUUUCCUCCACCGCUCCCGCGCAUUCCACCGAACACCACCCGUGCUCGGCCUCUUCCGCAUCUCCCAGCGCAGUGGCUGCUUCGUCCCCGUCGGAGAGGCCCCGGACCGCGUCCCCGCCGCGGGCUUCGCACUCCCUGACGCCACUGGCUGGGUCCUCCUCAGCUGCCGCCACGGCCGCGCGCUCCUCCGCAGUCGACCCGGCUGGCUCCAGCUCCUCGUCUGGGACCCCAUCACCGGCCACCGCCGCUGCGUCCGCCUCAGCCGGCUCGGAAGCCACGUCAAGGCAUGCAAUGCCACCGUUCUUGGCGACCCGGUCGGCCUGGGCCGCCGCGAGGGCUCCUUCCUCGUGGCCUUCGUCUUCACCGGCAACGGCCGCGCGUCCGCCUGCGUCUACCCGUCGGAGACUAGCGCCUGGUGCAGGUUGAUUACGGCGGAGACGCCUUGCGACGACGUCUGCGACAAGCCCAGCGCGCUGGUCAGGGACGCGGUGUACUGGUUUCUUGACGAGGGUGGCAUCCUCGAGCUCCAUCUGGGCAAAGAGAGUUUUGCCUCGGUGGAGCCGCCGCCGCACGCGCAGAGCCUUUACCUGUGGAACAUCCAGUUCAUGGAGGCUGAGGCCGGCGUGCUGGGCCUCGCUGACGUGAAGCAGUACAGCCUGCAUCUGUGGGCGCGAGAGGCCGACCGUGAUGGCAAUGCGAAUUGGGUGCUGUGCACUGCAAUUGACCUUAGCGUGUUCGCUCCGCCGCCAGGGGUGAUUCCUCGGAUCAUGCUUGUGCCGCCUAUCAAGAUACUUGGGGUUGAUGAGGGUGGCGAUUUCGCAUUUCUAAGAACGAUAUUGGGAAUUUGUAUGCUCUCCCUCGACGCUGUGGCUGUGCAGCUCAAGAAGGUCUCUGAUGCUGACCUCCUGGAGAUUGUUUGUCCUUACUCAAGCUCUUUUGUCGCAGGUCGAGUUGGUGGUGGUGGGGAGGGUGGCCAUGGAAACAGUAAAACUGAACCAUAAUUAACUAAGGUUACUCCAUUGAACCUAUCUGCUGAGAAGCUGUCUAGGCUAGCUCAAGGAGAGGUGACGACAAGUAAUGAAAUGACGCUAUUUUCCGUAAGGAAGCGAAAGCUAUUAGCUGCAGAAUCGGCAGAAGUACAGUUGCGACUGUUGGGUCGAUUGGCACUAUCUCCCUGCUGGCUCGAAUGUUCUGGAUAUUUUGUGCUUGUAAGCAGCCAUUCUCCGUGCAUUUUCUGAGAGGGGAUAUGCGGUUCUCUAGCUAACAUAACUAAUUGGUGCUGUUUCGGAGUAGGGUUUUUUUUUAUCCCGUUCUGGUAUGGCGAUAGCUUUACAUACUGACAAAUUGGAAUGCACAAGCGCAAGCUGCAACUGUGGCACAUCCCUGUUGCUUGAUUGCAAGGUUAACGAUACUCCUAGGAAUGGAUUAGGUCAAAUCCAAAUCCAAUUGGACUUUGACACUUGGACUUCAA